AGUCACUAACAAAAAAUACAAAAAGGAAAUAAAGCGCGUAAAAAUGACAAAAAUGACGAAAAGGUCCGCAAAAAUGACCUAAAAUUUUUUUAAAAAAUGGCAAAAAAUGACUAAAUAACUAUACAUUUCUAUCAUCUUUAAGUCGUGAUAAACAUUCACUUACAAAUUAGCUACUCUAGAAUGAACCAAUGAAAAGAUGGCAUCUCAUCAGAAUCCGAGCCCUGCUCAUGUGCCGGUCUUCUCGCGCUGUAACGGUCGUCAGUGCACAGGACCUGUCCGUUCCGCCCCCGCUCCUGCCGCAGGUACUUCCUGGGCUCGGGCCGCGGGGAGCCCGGCCAGCAGUUCCUGUACAGCGUGCCGGACGGCGCGGAGGGCGCGCCGCACGCGCCGCGCUGCGAGUCGUGCGCGCUGUGGAUGCCGCACACGCGCGCGCGCGCCUGCCUCUUCGCCGCCGCCUCCUUCCCGCCCGACCACCCGCCGCGCUUCUUUGCGCUCAGCUGCCUGGGGCCCGCCGUGCCCGAGAGCGCCAUCUUCGCCGUCCCUGCCGCCAACGACACGGGGCCGCUGGAGCGCGGGCCGGUGCUGGCGUGGGACGCGCAGCCCAGGCUGCGCGCGCGCGUCGCCGCCGUCGUGCUGCCCUGGGAGGCGCGCGCGGAGCUGCUGCUGCGCCGCGGGCGCCGCGCGCGCGUGCGCCUCUGGCUGCCGCCCAACUACGACGUCGCCAAGGCCAAGUACCCGCUGCUGCUCGACAUGUAUUAUAACAAAUUAGUUUUUCAAAUUUCUAUUUAUAUUUUAAUUAUGGAGAACUCUCCUGGGGCCACAUAUGGGCGGAAACGUUUCAUAGCAAGCAGUUAUAGCCCGCAUGAGGCCUUUUUUGUGUUAAUGUCUAAAUGUGAGAGAAAAUCAUAUUUUGUUGAGAAAAAUGGAAAUAUAGAAAACGGAUUUUCAACUUCAAGGUCAAAACAAAUUUUACAUUUUUUUCCCCAAACCAUGAAAUCUGUAAUACAUUACGUAACAUGUUCAAUUCUUGGUCCUAAGAGCAAUGAAUUUCUUUAUUUUAUGUACUUCAAACAGGCGGUGUAUCCAGAUGUAGGACAUGGUUUUGCCACUGUACAAACUUUUGAUCACUGGGAAAAUGCAUGUAGUUUAGCAAAUCAUAUU